AUGAAGCGCUCGCGAGAGCCCCAAGACGAUAUAAACCCUGCAUCGCCCGACAGUCCUGACGCGGACGUGCCCCCUUCUGGUCCUCAACACACUGCCAAAUAUACAGAGCUCGACUUGGACGCGACGGCAUUAGAUACCGACCGCAGCAAGCCGUUGUCUUCUGCAGUGCACAUGCUCUGCUCCCUGCCGCCUCACGCUGACAUGACUUUUGACUCCUACACCGCGUACGAGGCGCACUACAGCAGCUUCCAUACCAAUCGUUGUCUGCAAUGCCGCAAGAACUUUCCCAGCCAGCAUCUUCUCGGUGUGCACAUCGAAGAGAUGCACGAUCCCAUUGUCAGGGUCCGGCGAGAUCAGGGCGUCCACACCUUUUCUUGCUUUGUCGAGGGCUGCGACAGGAAAUGCAUGACACCUCAGAAGCGUCGUAUGCACUUGAUUGACAAGCACAUGUAUCCCAAGAACUUCUUCUUUGCCGUGACGCGGGACGGCAUCGACGGACGGAGGUCCCUGCUCGUGGAUGGCGCACCCCACCGCCGCCGCUCCUCGGCAACGUCGCAAACCAAGGGUGCGAGAGGGCGCGCUGCCACUCUCGAAGGGCAGGCGUCGGACGCGGGAGAGCAGGUUUCUGAAUCCUCGGCGGACAAGGGGCGGGCCUCCCAGACCCCCACCGUCGACGAUGAUGUUGACACUAUUACCAGCAGUAUGGCGUCGUUGCGCUUUGUUCCUGCGGCUGUCAAAUUUGGUAACAGAAACCGGAGUGGUUUCGCCAAACGAUGA